AUGUGGUCUCUCUUAGCCCUCCUUGCCACUUCUGCAGUCAUGGUUCGAGGUGUGAUAACUAUCACUUAUCCAGUUAGCGAUACCAUUUGGUAUAAAAAUGACACUGUCAACCUUAAUUGGACAACCACCAGUUCAGACUCUGACACAUACUUCUUCCGAGCUUUGUUGAGCAAUUCAGAUCAGAGUUUACUCUCGGGUAAUCACUCGAUCGCCGAUUCCACCAACGCGACCGCCGACUAUGUCCGGAUCCUCUUACCUGGUGUAUCUUCCGGCUCAGGGUACAUUGUCAACUUUGUCAAUACGUCAAACGAACAACAGGUGUUCGCUACUUCUCAAGCAUUCCAAAUUCAAGAUGGGACUCAAACCUCACAAUCAUCCUCUAUGAUCUCGGCCACCUCAACUGUGCAACGACAGAUCCCUAACGGCCAAUCUUCCAGCACGACACCGAGCUUCCCAACUACUUCAUCCACUACUGGAGCUGCGCCACGAACAUUCGCUUCCAUUCCUGGUCUAUUCGAAGUCUCCGUCACUCUCGGUCUCCUGGGAGCUGGUAUGGCCUUGGUAGUGUGA